CGCCUGCGCCGCCGCCGUUGCUAGGCGAAGGUGGGCGUGGCCGGCUCUGCGCUUGUGCUCUGUGAGGCGAGGCAAGAUGGCGGAGGAGGAGAAGCUUCCCGCGGGCUGGGAGAAGCGCAUGAGCCGCAGCUCCGGGCGUGUGUAUUAUUUCAACCAUAUUACAAAUGCCAGCCAAUGGGAACGCCCCACUGGAAACAGCAAGAAUGGACAGGGAGAGCCGACUAAAGUGCGGUGCUCACAUCUCUUGGUGAAACAUAACCAGUCUAGGAGACCUUCAUCAUGGAGGGAGGAUAAGAUCACCCGGAGCAAGGAGGAGGCCCUGGAGCUAAUUAAUGGCUACAUCCAGAAGAUUAAAUCUGGGGAAGACUUUGAAUCCUUAGCUUCACAAUUCAGUGACUGCAGCUCAGCCAAGGCAGGAGGAGACCUGGGUGCUUUUGGAAGGGGUCAAAUGCAGAAACCUUUUGAAGAUGCCUCGUUUGCGCUGAGGCCUGGCGAGAUGAGCGGACCAGUAUUCACAGAUUCAGGGAUCCAUAUCAUCCUACGUACAGAGUGAAAGUGCCUUGGCGCGACACACUUGGAAAGGAAAGGGUGGCGGGGGAAAGGAACAAGAGAACCUUUAUUCCAACCCCUCUGUGUGCUCUCUAUCCCCGAACAAACUCCAUAUCUAGCUUUUCAAUUUUUUUAUAUAUAUAUGGAAAAACACACCCCUUGUUUUCAUAUCUCAAUGCCUCCUUUGGCACCUCAACGCAAUGUCUUUCCCCACCUGUAGAGAUGCAUGGUUAGCCGAGGCAGAAAAUGCAUUUGAAACUAAGGGACAGCAGCAUCUUUCAUAGGCACAAGUGAGGAGGAUGUUUUAAAGGAAAUAAAUAAACAAACCCACAGCCACUUGAGUCUGAUAUUGACGAUUUCUCCAGUUCAGGAGACACGCCUGUGCUGCAGGGUCAUACUUCAAUGCUUUCUCUCCACAUCCAACUUGUAAUAGAGUUAUUUAUUACAGGGCUCCACUGAUGGUGGCAAAACUUAGCUCUUGGUGUUUUAGAUAGAAAGAAAAUAUAUUCCACUAGUGUCCUUGUUUAGGUUAAAACGUAAUGCCUCCUCCCCCUACCCUCUUCUCUCGCUUGGAAUUCAGGGCAUUGAGUUUUCCAGUUGACCAAUCAUUGCUGAAUUGCUCUUGGAGCCGUAAUGAAAGCCAUUAUUCUGCAGUAUGGCCUGGCAGAUUCCCUUUGAAUUGUGAAUUCAAAUAAUAUAUAUGGUGCCCUAACUGAGCUAGGGUAAUCCGUGCAUGGAGCCCCUGGGCUUCCCCAUUCACUUCCAUAGAGAGGAAAUUUCCCAUGUGUGCAAAGGGAUGUGCAGGUGGCAUUGCCCCCUCCAUGGAAGUGCAUGGAAGAGAACUGCUUGUGUGGGAAUUCGGUGCGGGUGUCUGAGCAUGCCCAGGGCUCUGGAUCCAGAGGCCCAACAUUUAACCUGCCAUGUGUUUCAUGUUGACUUAAAACUUGAAGAUGCCUUUUAAGGACAAGCAAAGACUUUAGCCAUUGAUGCCCUUCCCAUUCAGCUCUCCCCCCUCCCCAAAUUUAUACCUGUGUAAAAUUAUAUUACAAUUAAUUGUAUGUUAACCAUUCCUGUGUGCAGUUCUUGCUGUUGAAAUGCCUCCCCAAAGGAAGACCGUUGGACAUAGACUUCCAGGUUUUUUUCCCUUUUGCUUUUUUUCAAAGAGGCAGGUCAUGAUCCAUUUGUGGUUUAAGAAUACUGUAAAGUCACCCUUUCAGUUAUGCUACGUUGCUUUCUGUUAACUAAGAUCAGUAAGAUUCCUACCAAGUUCCUCGCUUUUGGUCUGAUGCAAGCAAGCUUUGUGUGUGUACAUAGAUGUAUAGAGAGAGUGUGUUUGAGUUCUCUUAUGCAAGAAGAAUUAAAAAACCCCUCACCUGUUAAACAUCA